UCUCCUGAUUGUCACACAGCGUUUAGGAUCGUGCACCGCUCCAGACCGAGUCCGCAGGGGCAGCGCAUUAAUUUGUUGGUCUUGAGCGGAUGGCAUCUGUCGCUUCCGUGGGAACUCUCUCCAACAGGAAUCAUACGGCAGCGAGCUCGCUCUAAAUGCGGACAUGGGUGUUUCUCCAGACAUGCAUUUCCACGCAUUUGUGUUCCUGGUUGCACAGUUUGGGCAGUGACCGCACCGCGGCCACAUCCACACCGUCAUGUUUUGCUUUUUCACGUCACUCUGACAACUUUGUGUGUCGAGACUGGAGAGCACUUUUUUUUUUUUGGGGAUUACUGUGCCCGAAUUUGCAGGAAUGGUUCACCCAGGAGCGUGCUGCGUCCUCCUGCCUGUAGGAAGCAACUUCAGACAGCCGUGGCUUUGACCAUCUUUGCCAGUUUCAUGAUCUUUUAAAAGAAAAUAAAGGAAAUCAUGAGCAACCACAAGGGCGGCGGAAUGGCAUCGAAAGAAAAGCUGUAUGAGCUGUGGAUGUUAUAUUACACUAAGAAGGAUGUGGGCUAUCUGCAGCAGUGGCUGGAGGCAUUUGUGGCAUCCUUUGAGAGGCUCAUUGAUGUGCAGUCGCUGGAGCCUCGGAGGCUGGAGGAGUGCAGCUCAGAGGUACCCCUGCUCCCCCGGGAGGUCCUGGUGUUCCUUAGCACGCAGCUAUGGCACAGUGCGCUACACCUCACCGGCGCUGCAGAGCAAAACAGCAGCACUCCACACCCACUGCUCCUCAUCAAGUUCUUCAUCAUUGUUUGCAGGAAUAUGGAGAACAUUGAUCCAGAGAAGACUCCUAGUUUUGUUUUCGAGAUUAUCAAACUUUUGAAUUUCUGUUUAAACCAGUUAAAGAAGGGACAAGGGGAGAAAUCGUCUCUGGAGUCGGUCGUGCAGUACGGACUUGUGCUGUGCGAGAGCCUGUUUGACCCUUAUCAGACGUGGAGGAGACGCCUAGCAGGGGAGGAGGUGAGCUUGCUGGAGAGGAACAAGUAUAAGUUCUCCCCGCUGGCCUUGCCAGAAGAGCUGCCUGCCCUCUUCCAUGAAAGUCUGCAGGAGAGUGAGAAGAUCCCAGAGUUCCUCACGCUCAGAUUGGCUCAUCUCCAAGGCGCUGUCAUCAGUGGAGGAAAGAAGAAUGGUCUUCUCUCCAUCACUCCUUACUCUGUGGAUGACCUCUUCUCGGUCCUGCGAGCAUGGUGCUGCCGGACCUCCCCUGAACCCAAGGACACCAGACUCCCGCGGCUGAGCUUGCAGUGCCUGACAGCGAUGAUCCAUCUCCUGCACACCAGCAGCCCCGCGGAGCGGCAGGUGGAGAUCAGGACCAUCCUGGAGAACUACUUCCAGCUCCUCAACUGGAACCGUCCACUUAGCAGCGAGCAGGAAGACAGGCAGUCCUGGGAAGACAGCCUGAUCUCGCUCCAGAGCCAAAUGCUAACUGCUAUUCCUGAGAUCCUGCAGUGCUCUGACAGACCAGUCCUUCAAGCUAUCUUCCUGAACAACAACUGCUUUGAACACAUCCUCAGACUCAUUCAGAACAGCAAGCUCUUUCAGAGCAACAGGCGUAGGCCGGAGCGUGAGGUUGUGUGUGACCUCACCACGCGUUUACUCACUGAGGUCGAAGUGGACCAGGUCUGGGAGAAAGGGUCAGACAGUAUUACAGUUCAUGCUUUGGGAGUCCUCACAGCUAUAAUGAGUAACUCACCCAAUGCUAAGGAGGUUUUCAAGGAGAGGAUUGGCUACUCCCAGCUAUUUGACGUGCUGAAGAGUCAAGGUCAACCCACCAAAAGGCUUCUGCAAGAGCUGAUGAACAUGGCGGUGGAGGGCGAGCACGCCCAUGCUCAUCACCUUGGCAUUAGUAACGACCAGCCUCUGCUCCUGCUCCUGCAGUGGCUGCCUGACCUUUCAGGUCAGAGGGACCUGCAGCUGUUGGUUGCUCAGUGGCUGGCUACCGUUUGCGGUGGCUCCUUGUCUUGUCGCACGGUGGCUGUGGAAGCAGGCAUGGUGGGGGCUCUGCUGCAGGUGCUCUCCCAUCCCCAGUGUCUGGACAGGCAGUGUGCAGACUCCCUGCUGGGCCUCUUGCAGGACUUGGGCUCUUUAUGUUUCAAACCAGAGGAGCUGAAGAGUCUCUUGAGACUCCUCAGGGUUGGCCAGGACAACGGCGCACUGGCAGGGAGGGUCCACCCCUACUGCACUCGCGUUAUACGUGUGCUUUCAGCCAUGGCAGCCAGAGAAGGAAAGGACAGUGCCUUGCAAUAUUUUGAUCUUACACCCCCGAUGGCAGGGAUCAUGGUGCCCUCAAUCCAGCGAUGGCCAGGCAGUGGGUUUGCUUUUCACGCUUGGCUCUGCCUUAACAUGGAGUUCCCCUCUUCUCACUCAGACUUCUCCAACAACCGUAAACCUGCUGCCAGCUCUGGCAUGGGUACUCAGCAUGACAUGGGAAAGGGACCACGCAGGAAACAGCUCUACAGUUUCUUCACAGCGAGUGGAACUGGACUGGAGGCCUUCUUCACCAUGGAGGGCGUGCUGGUGGUGGCUGUUUGCACUAAGAAAGACUACAUGGCUGUUGCUCUGCAAGACUAUCCACUAGCUGACUCGUGCUGGCAUUCAGUGGCUAUAGUUCACAUCCCUGGCCGCCGUCCUUUUGGUCAGAAUUUGGUCACUAUCUACAUCGACGGGGAGCUGCGUAAAACUGCACAGCUUCGCUUUCCAUCUUUCAGUGAGCCUUUUACAUCCUGCUGCAUCGGCUCUGCAGGCCAUCGGACCACUACCACCACCACCUCUCCUAACCUGCCCACAUCAUUUUCCUCCACUCCGUCACCCGAGUUUGCCUUCCCCUCCCAUGCCCCCUCCCUCAUCCGUUCCCAAUCCUUCCCAGCUUCCUUUGCGGGUGGCCGCUGGGGGUCCAUAGGAGACAGUCCAGUGCACACAAUCCCAGCAGGACUGCAGGACACAGAGUGGGGGACACCCACAUCCCUGGAUGGGCUCCUAGGCACUGCCUUCAUCUGCCACGAAGCUCUGCAGCAAACCCAAACAAGAGCUCUACAUGCUGCAGGCCCCAAUCACGUGUCCUUAUUCAAAGUGGAAGGAGAGCUGUCUGAACUCAAUAGCAAACUGCUGCUGUACUACACUCCACAGGCCUUUAAAAAUCAGAUAUGUCUGGACCUGGCACCCAGUCACCAUUAUGAUGGCAGGCUUACAGGACACAGGGUAGUGAACUGGGACAUCAAGGAUGUUAUAAACGUGGUCGGUGGUAUGGGGGUUUUGCUGCCCCUGCUUGAGCAGGUGUGUGAGGCUGAACAAGUUUACAAUGGAGGUCAGGAGAUCUCAGACUUGCUGGGGCCAGAACUCACUUCCCCCAGAGGCCCUGCUGCAAUGCUGCUGCCGCUGAACAAAUCUGCAGAGGGCAGACUAGAGAGAAACAGCAUCGCCGCGUUCCUGCUGAUGGUGAAAAACUUGAUUCGCCAACACCCCGUUAAUCAAGAGAGCCUCUUGCACUGCCACGGCCCAAGCAUCAUAGGAGCCAUGCUCAGCAAAGUUCCAGGCAGUAUGAUGGACAUGAAUGUUUUAAUAGCAUGUCAGCUGCUGCUGGAGCAGGUUUUCAAUGAGGGCAACAGUCUGCUCUUACAGCAUCUCUACCAGCACCUGCUCUUUAAUUUCCGCAUCUGGACCAAAAGCCACUUUGCUGUUUGUCUGGCACACAUACAAUACCUGCAGUCUGUGAUAAACAAAAGCAAGCAGCGGAUGAGGAGGAAGUACGGCGUUCAGUACAUACUGGAUACCGUUCGAACGUACUACAGUGUGGAGAAAGAUGGCAGCUCUCUGUCUGAUGAGAAGCAGACGAUUCAAACCUCUCUCUUCGCCUUGCUGAAAGAUUUUCUUAAGUCUCCUACACAAGAGGAGCUUCACUGCAUCCUUGCCUACGUUCUGACUGUAGGAGAGGAGCAGCAGGUGGUGAAGGCCUUGGAUGUGCUGUAUGAGCUCUUGAGGAGCAGCCCUCCUCGCGAGCAGGUGCAGACAGUGCUGCUGGAGUGGGGCGUGGAGCAGCUGUACAGUUUGCUGCUCAAUCCAAGCUUUGGGGAUGAGGCCAGAGAGAGGGUCUUCAGGGUUUUGUACAAGAUCCUCAAGAGCGAGCGUGUGUCGGAGCGCAACAAGCAUCGCAUUAAACUGAAGGAUUUUGGCUAUCGUGGACUUGUUUGCUGUCUUGAUAACAUUCCCGUAACCAUGACCACUGUCCGGUGUCUGUACGAGCAGGUCCUCGCUACAGAUGCCAGUCCUAGUUUUAGAGACCUCCUGGCUGUGGCCUGUCUGUCCCAUCGAGCUGAACUUACUGUCCGGCUGGACGUGUGUCGCAAGCUCUUUCAUCUGAUCUACUCCAAUGAGGAUUAUGUGAAACAGCUAGCGAAGCAGCCUGGCUGGCAGGAUGUUCUCACCAAACUCUAUGUGAAAGAGUCCUAUGAGGCCCACGCCGCCACCAUUGCCGACUCGAGCAACCACACUCCAGCGGAACCAAACUACCGGCCGCCUCUGCGCAGAGAGCAAUCCCUGGUCAUAGAGGAUGCACGCACAGACAUUUUCAUGAACUACCGCACCUCGCAGGAAAUCGAGGAUGAGGACGAGGAGGAUGAAGGUGGACAGCGGGACAUCUCUGAGGGUUUCUCGGAUUUAUCACAGUCGCCUCCCAGUGGAGGCGGAGGCCCGCUGAAAAACUUCACAGGCUCCCUGCAUUUCAAGUCGUUUGACUCGGUGGAUCAGGGGAGCCACUCAUCCUCUACCUCCAAUCCCGUUGACAUCGCCUCGUCUCACCAUGAAGAAGAGGGAAGGGACUACCAUCCGCUCUCCCCCUUUGGUACAUCACCUUUUGAUUUGGAUUUGCCAGGUGUGGGAGAGACUGGCACACACACACCUGCUGGUAGUCUGACCAACACACCAUCCCCUCUAGAGCACUACAAACCAUUCCCACCGCUCAGACCAAGGAAGAGCUCCAGUUUGUCCAAUGUGCUGGAUGACACCAGCUAUGGGACCGAUCCUCCUACUGGAGACACGAUCUCCAACACGUCCAACCCACAGCAGACCCCUGAGGAGGAGCUGUGCAACCUGUUAACCAACAUCGUGUUCUCCGUCCUGUGGAGCGGCAGCGGAGCGGAGGGCGCGGAAGAUGUGGUGUGGAGAGAGCGAGGACAGGUAUUUUCUGUUCUCACCAAACUGGGCUCCUCCUGCCAGCUGGUCCGCCCUCCCGAUGACAUCAAACGCAGCUUGUUGGAGAUGAUGCUGGAGUCAUCACUGUCAGACCUGAGGGACGCCCAGGGAGCGUUCCUGCCUUUCUGUCCCAGUCUCGUUCGGCUCCUCAGGCUGCUGCAGGACUUCCUGUUUGCAGAGGGUACAAACAACCACGCGCUGUGGAGUGAAAAGAUCUUUGAAGGGGUGGUGAACCUGCUGGACAAGUUAAAUGCCUGGCAUAGCACCCCUGGAAGUCCAGGAAACACUGAACUGAAGGAAAUGGCCCAGAUCGGCCUGCGUAUCAUCACCGGAUAUAUCCAACAGCAGCACCCGACGGUGAGUGAGAUGGCCUAUCUCAAGCUCCACAGCCUUCUUCAGACUGUGCUCUGCCUGAGCUGGGAAGAGGUGUGCUUCUUGCUGGGGCGGAUUGGUUCCCCCUUGUGGCCUGGUGGUGCAAUGGACAACACCAACUACGGACAGCCAGAGACCUUUUCCCACCUUGUGCCCAUCGUGCGUACGCUACUUGACCAGCACGCCGACCCGGUCAACCUCCAGAAGCUCCUGCCCAACCUGCCCAUCACCAACGGCAGCACCACCUUCGCCCAGGACCUGAAGGCCUAUUGUCAAACACUGGAGUGGCAAGGCUUUUACCAGCAGCAGGUUCAGCCCACCAUGGAGCAGUACGAGCUGGACACGUUUGGGAGGAGCCAUGACAUCAUGUCCAAUUUCUGGAACUCGUGCUUCGAUGACCUGAUGAGUACAGCCUUUAAACAGGAGAAAGAAAGAUCUGACAGCAAAUCCAAAUUUCAGGAGGCGAUAGUGGAUCCCUGCUUAAAGCGAGCCAGGACUGAGAACAACAGGUACCUCAUUUGGCAGAAGCAGAGCUCCAGCCAGCAGGGGGUGGUGUGGCUGCACUGGAAGUCUCUCCGCAGGCUUUUGACCUGUGAGAGAGCAGCAUGGGCCAACAGAGUUCAGCCGGAAGUAAAAUGGAAAUUGUCCAAUGCAGAGACUUAUUCAAAGAUGCGCCUCAAACUUGUGCCCAACUAUAACUACGAUCCACACAGCGAGGCCAGCGCCCUGCGGGAUAACAUGGGAGCUGAAAGCCCCCGUGGCUCCGAACCCCUCCCACUGGCUGUUGCUAAGGAAGCGAAAGUAAGCGACAUGGAGGACGAUCAGUUAGGAGAAGAGGACCUUCUCUUUUGGGAUAAGACGGCGGAGGGAGAAGACGAGAGCCAGAAAGAAAAGCUGGUUCUGUCUGAAGACUGUGAGCUCAUCACCAUCGUGGCAGUUGUGCCCGGUCGUCUGGAGGUUACCACACAUCACUUGUACUUCUAUGACUGCAGCAGUGAGAAAGAGGAGACAGAGGAGGGAAUUGGGUUUGAUUUCAAGCGACCUCUGUCACAGCUCAGAGAGGUUCAUUUGAGGCGCUACAACCUGCGAAGGUCUGCACUGGAGCUUUUCUUCAUCGACCAGGCUCACUACUUCAUCAACUUCAAAAAGAAGGUACGAAACAAAGUCUAUUCUAGGAUACUCGGUCUGCGGCCUCCAAACCUCUUUUACUUUGGCUCCCGCUCUCCCCAAGAGCUGCUGAAGGCAUCUGGGCUCACACAGAAAUGGGUGUGCAGAGAGAUCUCCAAUUUUGAGUAUUUGAUGCAACUGAACACCAUUGCUGGACGCACUUACAACGACCUGUCGCAGUACCCUGUGUUUCCCUGGGUCUUGUGCGACUACACCUCUACUGUUCUGGAUCUGGAGGACCCUGCAGUGUUUAGGGAUUUAUCCAAACCCAUCGGUGUGGUCAACCCACGUCAUGCACAGAAUGUCAGGGAGAAAUAUGAGAGCUUUGAGGACCCAACAGGCACCAUUGACAAAUUCCACUAUGGCACACACUACUCUAAUGCAGCAGGAGUCAUGCACUACAUGAUCCGCAUGGAGCCAUUCACCACCCUGCAUAUCCAGCUACAGAGUGGAAAGUUUGACUGCGCUGACAGACAGUUCCACUCGGUGGCAGCAGCCUGGCAGGCUCGCAUGGAGAGUCCAGCUGAUGUCAAAGAGCUCAUCCCAGAGUUCUUUUACUUCCCAGAAUUCCUGCAGAAUAUGAACGGCUUUGACCUAGGCCAGUUACAGAUAUCUCAGGAGCCUGUGACAGAUGUUGUGCUGCCUCGCUGGGCAACAUCAAGGGAAGACUUUAUCAGAAAACACAAGAAAGCCCUGGAGUCUGAGUACGUGUCCAAUCACCUCCAUGAGUGGAUUGACCUGAUCUUUGGUUAUAAGCAGAGAGGCGAAGAGGCAGUGAAUGCCCUCAAUGUCUUCUACUACUGUACUUAUGAGGGUGCAGUAGAUCUGGAUGCAAUAGCCAAUGAGAAUGAGCGCAAGGCCUUGGAGGGCAUCAUCAGCAACUUUGGACAGACACCUUGUCAGCUCCUUAAGGAGCCUCAUCCUCCUCGCAUGUCAGCUGAGAACGCAUCAAGGCGGCAGGCCCGUCUGGACACUCUCCCCCUGAAUAUCUUUGAACAUAUCCAAAAACUCCGGCCAUUUAAAGAGGUGGUAAGUGAUGGCUUUCCUGUGGUCCAAGCUGUGGUACCAAAGACACAGACCCGCUCCAUCACCCAGGGCUCAGAUAUACUGGUGACCGUCAGUUCCAACGGGUUGAUAGGGACACACAACUGGCUGCCGUACGACAAAAACAUCGCCAACUACUUCACCUUCUCUAAAGACCCCACGAUGAAUAAUCCUAAAACUCAGCGUUUCUUGAGCGGACCUUUCGCUCCUGGGGUCGACAUCAGCGCUCAGGUGCUGGUCGUGUCAAAUGAUGGUCGCCUGCUGUUCAGCGGGGGACACUGGGAUUGCAGUCUCCGCGUCACCCAGCUGGCGAAAGGCAAGCUGGUUGGAAGGAUCUGCCGGCACGUCGACGUUGUUACUUGCUUGGCUCUGGAUCUCUGUGGCAUCUACCUCAUCUCUGGUUCAAGGGACACAUCCUGUAUAGUGUGGCAGGUUCUACAGCAGGGUGGUUUCUCCAGCGGCUUGUCUCCCCGGCCAGUACAGAUUCUCUGUGGGCAUGACCAGGAGGUAACCUGUGUGGCCAUCAGCACUGAACUGGACAUGGCUGUCUCAGGAUCAAAGGAUGGAACUGUGAUAGUGCACACAGUCCGACGAGGCCAGUUCCUGCGAACAUUGCGGCCACCUAACGAAAGCUGCAUACCCGCCCAAAUCUCCGGGCUACAGGUGGGAAUGGAAGGCCACAUUGUGGUACAGACGUCUCUGGAGGAACGCUCCAACAAGAAGGGCAAGUACUCCAUUCAUGUUUACUCAGUGAACGGCUGUCUGCUGUCUUCUUUCACCAUGGAGGAGCAGGUGACUGCCCUCCACCUGGUGUCUGAAUAUGUCAUCCUGGGAACUAUGCAAGGCAACCUCCACAUUCGGGACUUAUACAGCCUGGAUGCUUUGGUGACACCCCUGGCCUUGAGGGUCACUGUGAGGAGUGUGUCUGUCACCAAAGAGUGCAGCCACAUCCUAGUGGGACUAGAAGACGGGAAGUUAAUUGUGGUGGGGGCUGGGAAACCAGAGGAGGUUCGCUCAGGACAAUUCUCCCGUCGCCUGUGGGGCUCCACGCGCCGCAUCUCUCAGGUGUCGUCAGGUGAAACUGAGUACAAUCCCACAGAGAAUGCUGGCAAAUGAGACGAGCGACAGUCGGGAGGAACCCUGAGGUCUCUGUAGGAUGCAUCGUCACACGCUCGCGAGACUCAACAAGGCCUCCUGUCCUUUACAAACUGUAAAGAAUAGUAAACUAUGCUCUCCAGCCAGCCACUUAUCUCUCUGAGAGAGCAACUAUACACUGAGCACUUUCUACUCUUAAAUGGUUUUAUAUUUUAUUGCAUAUUUCAUUGAUGGUUACACUGUUUUUAAUCAGCAUCAUUCCAAAGAGUGGCCUUGUUUUGUGUAUGGAGAGGAGCUCCGUGUUUGGGGUUGUGGACUGCUGUCGAACUGUAUGUGCUCUGAGUCAUAUUUCAGGGGACUGACUCACUCUGAUCCACAUUCAGCCUCAGACGCAAAGACGAGUCGUGCUGGGAACUCCCCGGGCUCCAUGUUUUUCUCCUUUAUUGUCGGAGACACGGCUACAAUCCCUGUACUGUUGAAUGUCCCAAAGCCAUUCUUUGGCAAUGGCAACUUCUUAAAACUCCUGAAAACUUGAAAAAAAACUACAGUAGAUGUUGCUUGAGAUUCCCAAAUUGCAAUACUGGUAAUACCACAAAAGGUCAGAUUUUGUAAAGAGAGACACGGGGUAACAAGACUAGUAUACUUAAUGCCGUUUUAUAAUGUUUAGUGGUUGAAAGAUCCUUAUCCAAGCACCAGAAAUACACCAGGAUACCACAUUUUAUAAUCUCUGCAUUCCUUAAGGCUCUAGGUAAUGUAAGACUGUUACAAUUAAAGCAAUAACUGCUUUAAUGGUCAAGUAUGUGAAGUAUAUUCAUUUUUUAACUAUGUGGCGCUUGGAUGCAAUGAACCUCAAAUGCAGGGCCCUCUGUUGCCUUAUUCAUGAUAGCGUUAAGGCUUUUAUAAAUUCUUCUGGAAUGGUUUUGUUGCUACUCUGUUCACCAUAUGACUGUAUUCCUGUUAUAUUUGAGCUCAAAAGUGCCUUUUUCAUCUAAGGCCUUGUAUAAACACUGAAUCUAAAAUCACUAUAUGUCAGAUUUGUUGUCCUUGCUGAUCCAUUUUGAACACACUUUUCUACUCCACUGUGACUCAGACGUGGAUUCAAUGAACUGUUGACUGUGCUGGUAUUGUAAAACCGCUUAUGAAGUACUGAGAACAUCUGAAACAUGUGUGUAGAAAGUCUGUCAGUGAGUUUUAGAGGAAUUCACUUCCUGCCAGCUUUUUUUUUUUCCUUUUUCUUUUUUCUUUCUUUCUUUUUUUGUAAUACUGCGGUUGGAACAAAGUCGAUGUUUUGCAGUGUCAUUAGUGGGAGAAAGACAAAGGGAACUAUCUGGGUGAAAGCAAUACCCAUAAUAUGUUGCACACAUAAAAUGACUAGUUGUCAGAGAUUCUCUGAAUAAAUGCAUAAGAAAUGUAAAGGAAACUAUAUUUGAAAUGAAAUGUUUACUCCUCAUUUCAACCUUUUUCUCCACUGUUUGAUUCAAUGGGUUCAGACUGUCUAAAAAUCAUAUUUACACAGCAGUAAGAUAAGGAUAAAUGUAUAAGCUGUGCAUUGCUGAGACAGUCUGUGAAUAAAACACGUCUUGCAAAUACUGA